GGCAGAACAGGAAGUCCUUAGAGAUGAGACCGGAAAUCCGUAGGCAGCGCGGCGCUCCCAGCCGGAAGCCCUUAGCAUAUGCACACCGGAAGCUGCACGUGUUCGCCGCCGUCGCCAUGGAGCGGCGCCCCCCGCCCGCUGCCGCCAAUCGGUGCUACGCGCAGCGCCGCUUCUGGGAGGAGCGGUACCGCCGGGCGGGCGCUGAGCCACAGGAGUGGUUGGGAGGCUUCGAGCGGUUCCGCGCGUUGCUGGAGCCCGAGCUGCGUUCCGACGACCGCAUCCUCGUGCUCGGCUGUGGGACCAGUGCCCUGAGCUACGAGCUGCACGAGCUGGGCUACCCCAACGUCACCAGCAUCGACUUCUCGCCCGCCUGCGUGGAGGCCAUGCGCUCCCGCUAUGCCCACUGCCCCCACCUGUGCUGGGCCGUCAUGGACAUGCGCUCCCUGACCUUCCCUGACGCUUCCUUCGACGUGGUGCUGGAGAAGGGCACGCUGGACGUGCUGCUGGUAGAGGAGGCUGACCCCUGGCAUGUGUCCUCCCGCGGUGCUGCUGCGAUGCGCCGGGUGCUGGCAGAGGUGAGCCGUGUGCUGCGCCCGGGGGGCCGCUUCCUCUCCAUCACCUUCGCACAGCCCCAUUUCCGCGCCCCGCACUACGCACAGGAGGCCUUUGGCUGGUCCCUGCGGCACGCCGCCUGCGGGGACACCUUCCACUACUUCGUCUACAUCAUGUGCAAGGGGCAGCCCCUGACCCCCUCCGACCUGGCCCUGGGCAGGCAGCUGGGGCGGCCCCCCCCGGCCCCACCACCCCCUAUCACCGUGGCAGAGGAUGAGGAUGAGGACUUCCUCCGCGCCAUCGAACUGUGACCCCGCGGCGUCACCUCUGUGCCUUUCUUUUUGGAUGUGGGAAUCCAGCUCCCCAUCCCAGCCGUAUGGGAAGGGGGGGCAGCGGGGCCGUGUGCUGCCCAAUGCUUUGUGCCCCCUCCUCCCCCCUUUCGGAUUGCAGCCAGGGUGCUGGAAAUGAAACUGCAGCGGGUUUAAUUCCAAACCCCCCCCAGUGCUGCUGUGACACAGUGCCAGGCCUGGGAGGGGUGGAGAUGUGACCCUGCCGUGCUGUCCCCUGCGGUCUGGGGACACCCCUGCGCCAGGGGAGGUGACACACAGAGCAGGGUAGGUGACACUUGUGAUCAGGCACGGGGUGCCUGCGACACACAGCAGGCAAGUGACACAGUGGCUGAAAGGGGUGUCCCGGGCCCAGGGCUCUGCCAUCGCAGUGUAAGUGGGUCAGCGGGCCCCCCCCGGAGCCAUGGGGUGUUGCGGGGGGGAGGAAGGAAGGAGCAGACAGCAGCAAUACAUGGAUGUAUUUUAUUCAUCGCGUUUUGUUCACCGUACAGUGACAAAUGGCGUUGGACGUUACAAUGGACCGUUGGUAGAACACGAUGGCGCACGGAUCGCUCCUCUUCCUCAUUUA